AUGUGCAACUUGAUCUUUACUCUCUGCCCAACCUGCUCGAAGGUGGCGGCUUCACCUCGAGUCAAGAAAUGUGCCGAGAGAUUUGGACCUUUCAUGAACGUCACACCAUGCAUAACGACCGAAACAAAGAUCAUUGCGAAAAACCCCUGCGUUUCAUGCCCUGCUCGUCGUCAAGAACCAUCGGGUCCCACCAGAUUGCUCACCCGAGACAUAAUCGAAGAGAUGAGCUUCAAGAUUCCAGAAUGUUACCCAACUCCACAGUCAAAGGAUCCCAUCCUGCCAGAAUGGACUUCCGAAACCCUGGCUCCCACUCAAAACAACGAACUCUUUUUCGAACACAUCACAAAGCAACACAGCGUGGAAGUGAAGAAUCGACAAGAUUUGUCAAGUCAACGAGGCGGAAUUCCCCUCUGUUUGGUGGCUGGUGUGGGGAGAAAUCAAACUCCUGCGCGUCUGUAUAGAAGACCUCCAAGAUUUACCCCCGGUGGAAGAUCACGACCAAAAGACCGGGCCACGAUCGCUUUGCCACCAUCAGCAUGGAACAACCGUCGUCGGAUCAGCCGAUUGGGAAUUCCACCUGCACCGCGAGCUUCAUCGCUUCAAGCAACACCGACGAGAACACCAAGUUGUUUGGUUCCAGAGGGUAUCAAACGAAGAAGUCAAGUUCAACAUAAAUUGUUAAUGGUGUCACCACUCACACCAAUCAAGCCACCCAAACUCCACAUCCCACUGGAAGCAUCCGCUUCUACUCAACCCCAAGACACCGGCUCAGCCCCUUCAUCGGCCACAUCAUCACACUCAAAAUAUCUCCUGCCUGGUCCAUCACCACAGGUAGAGACAUUCAGCGCUGUGUCCUUCGCCCAAAUUCCCGCACAUUACGAUAUGCGACCAGUCUCAAUCCCACCACCUCUCCGCGUUCCCACGCCACAACAACGAGUUGAAGAACGCGAAAGACGUGGGGCUCUGCAAGAAAUCCAACAGCGAAUCAAAGAACGUCAAGAACGAGAACGUCAAGAUUGUGAACGUCAGGAACGAGAACGUCAAGAACAAGAUCGUGAGCGUCAAGAUCGUGAACGUCAGGAACGUGAGCGCCAAGAACAAGAACGUCAAGUCCGCGAGCGUCAACAACUCGAAACCCAACGAAUCCGCGACUUCCAAGAACACGACUUCCAAGAAUACGACUUCCAACCACACGAGGAUCACCGAUCCCGCUCCGAAGUAGCACCUCCACGCACCGUCAACGACGUGCAAUUUCAAAGCGUGCGACCUCUGAGACCCUCGCGAAGUUUGAAGAUGCUUUCGAGGAUUCGAUCUUUUAGUCCUUUGCAAGGAUUUGAUGAUUGA